AAUCAAACUUACCCUGCAUCAUGAUAUAAGUAUUCCAACCGCAUCAGCCCUGCAACCUCAUAUAAAUACUUAUUUUCGUACACACGUAUUCUCUAUAGAAUUUCAUACAAGUUCCCAGCAGACUGAGCAAAGCAUGGAAGAAACUACUUUGUUAAACACAGCAGUAUUCUGUGUUUUACUCUUGGCUUUAGUUUUCAAGUUUUGGCAAAGAAGAAGCCAAAAUAUCCCCCCAAGUCCGGCACCAGCUCUCCCGAUAAUAGGCCAUCUUCACCUCAUAAAACAACCUCUCCACCGCACCCUGCACAAAUUGUCUCAAAAAUGUGGCCCGAUAUUUUCUUUAUGGUUUGGCACCCGCCUUGUGGUGGUGGUGUCAUCACCAUCCAUGGUGGAGGAAUGUUUCACCAAGAAUGACAUCGUGCUGGCGAACCGGCCCCGUUUAAUCCUAGGCAAGUAUGUAGGCUACAACUACUCUGAUAUUAUUGAUGUCCCCCAUGGUGACCAUUGGCGCAACCUUCGCAAGCUAUUUACAAAUGAAAUACUUUCUCCUACUCGUCUCAGCAUGUUCCUCUCCAUUCGAGAAGAUGAAAUCAUGCGUUUGCUCCGAAAUUUGUAUGAAAUCUCUGACAAUAAUUUCGGAAAAGUCGAGCUGCAAUCCAAGUUUUCGGAGCUUUCUUUUAAUGUAAUCAUGAGGAUGGUUACUGGGAAGCGAUAUUUUGGUGAAGGUGAGGACACUGAGGAGGCUAAGAAAUUUCGGGGCCUUAUUCGCAAAGUCUUUGAAAGCGCUGGUGCAUCAAAUCCUGGAGAUUUCUUGCCAUUAUUGAGAUGGGUAGAUUACAAGAAUUUUGAAAAGAGUUUGGCGAGGAUAGGUAAAGAGAUAGAUGUAUUUUUCCAAGGUCUGAUUGAAGAACACCGUUGUGACAGGAGCAAGAAUACCAUGAUUGAUCAUUUGCUGACCUUGCAAGAAUCACAGCCAGAAUGCUACGACGAUGAAGUCAUCAAAGCAAAUAUCUUGGCCCUGUUAUUUGCUGCAACAGAUACAUCAGCAGCGACAAUGGAAUGGGCAAUGUCUCUUCUACUUAACCAUCCCAACGUAUUGGAGAAGGCAAGAACUGAACUCGAUACUCAUCUUGGAAAGGAUCGCUUAAUUCAUGAACAAGAUUUACCAAAGUUGCCUUACCUUCACAACAUCAUCAUGGAGACUUUUCGUUUAAUCCCUCCAGUACCUCUCCUUGUACCCCACGAGGCUUCUGCAGAUUGCAGAGUUGGGGGAUAUGACUUGCCAAGUGGGACGAUGUUGCUGGUAAAUGCAUGGGAAAUCCACAGGGAUCCCGACGUUUGGGAUGAUCCCACAAGCUUCAAGCCGGAGAGAUUUGAAGGUCUACAAGUGGAACCAAGCAAGCUGAUGCCCUUUGGAAUGGGAAGAAGGUCUUGCCCUGGUGCAGGCCUGGCACACCGCGUGGUUGGUGCGGCCUUAGGAUCAUUGAUACAAUGUUUUGAGUGGCAGAGGGUUGGUCCAAAGAAGGUUGAUUUGGCUGAAGGAAUAGGGAUCACCACACAUAAAGCAGAGCCAUUGGAGGCGAAAUGCAAAGCGAGAGAAUUCGUUGACAGGAUUCUUUCGGAAGAUCAUUGAAUGUCGCCAAACAUGGCUCCUUUAUGCUUAAUUUAUUCGAAUGAUGUUAGAAGUUUAUUUUGGUUCUUUUGAUUUACUAAAUCUUGAGUCUAUCUCUUGCCAAUGGGGAUGUAAUGAUUAACUCAUAAACGCUUUGAGCAGAAAGGAGGGAAAAGAGAGGCAAAAUUCGAAAAAUUUGCUGCUCAAAAUCACAAGAAUCAUAAUAAACAGCAUGUUAAAAGAGAUGAUUGGUCUAUUUUGUUGAAUCUUGUG